GGAAAAAAUGCGUCUAUGUGACACAGAUCAUAUUUUUAGUCUGAAAGUCACAUUUUUGCUGUAAAUAAAAGGUGACAAUAAAAAUGUUACUAUCGAGGUUUGCAUUACAUCCUCACAGGAUCAAGAUAUAUUCCAAGAAACGUGGUAUUAAUCCAAUUAUAUGUCAAUGGAGCAGCAAUAUUCAUUCAACAGUCUCCAUUCAAUCUCAACAUGCUCCACAUAAACCAAAAGAAGACAUUCAUUCCAUUAGAAACAUAGGAAUAAUGGCACAUAUUGAUGCAGGAAAAACUACAACAACUGAACGCAUGCUGUAUUACUCAGGUUUUUCUAAACAUCUUGGUGAUGUAGACAGAGGAGAUACAGUGACUGAUUAUAUGGAUGAGGAAAGAGAGAGGGGUAUCACUAUCGUUUCUGCAGCAGUAACAUUAUUCUGGAAUAAACAUAAAAUCAAUCUGAUUGAUACACCAGGUCAUGUAGACUUUACUGUGGAAGUGGAACGAUCAUUGAGGGUACUUGAUGGUGCAGUAGCUGUGUUGGAUGCAUCUGCAGGUGUUGAAGCACAAACUUUGACUGUAUGGAGACAAGCAAAUCGGUACAAUAUUCCUCGCAUAAUAUUCCUAAAUAAAAUGGACAAACUUGGCGCUAAUUUCAACAUGUGUCUGAAAUCUAUCAAAGAUCGUCUUCAUGUAAUCCCUAUUCCUAUAAAUUUACCUAUUGGAAAGGAAAAAACAUUUACUGGUAUAGUUGAUUUAGUGACAUUAGAACAGAUUUUAUGGAACCCUUCAAUUUCACAGGAUGGAAGCAAAUUUACCAAGGAUAGUAUAGACCUGUCAGAAAUUGACUCUUUUUCAGAAGCAAUUUCAAAUGCAAGAGCUACUCUGAUUGGUCAAUUAGCCGAGUAUGAUGACAAAAUAGCUGGGCAUGUUUUAAAUGAUGUAAAAUAUGAAGAUAUACCUACAAAUGACAUCCAGGCUGCUCUUAGAAAUCUAACUUUAUCAUGUAAAGCAGUUUUAGUUCUAUGUGGAAGUUCAAAAAGGAACAUUGCAGUUCAGCCAUUGAUGGAUGCUAUAGUGAGUUACCUCCCUUGCCCGUCAGACAUUCAAUAUCCUUUCCUGCAGUACUAUAGUAAUCAUCUGUGUGCGCUAGCAUUUAAGAUUGUCCAUGAAAAACAUAGAGGUGCUUUAACAUAUGUUAGAAUAUAUGGAGGUGCAUUAAAGGCUGGUUCAAAUCUGUACAAUGUUAACCUUGGCAAUACGGAGAAGAUUGGGAAUUUUGAUUUAUAUCAGGUGAAUGCAGAUGAAUAUAAACAGAUUAAAGAGUCAGGACCUGGAAAUAUUGUCUGUAUUGCUGGACUUACAAAGGUUAAAACUGGUGACACUUUGACCAGUAAUGCUGCUGCAGCGAAAGAGGCAGCAUCAAUCUACAAGAAGACCAUAUCAUCAUCAGAAAAAAAACAUAAAGAAAGUGACAAUGACAUAGAAAUAGAUGAUGAGGAAGAGAGUGUUGAUGGACCAGUUCUGGCAGGACUUGACGUCCCACAACCUGUAUUCUUCUGUUCUAUUGAGGCACCAAGUCUGUCCAAGCAGAAUGACAUGGAAAAGGCUUUAGAGAAACUGCAGAGGGAAGACCCAAGUCUCCAGGUGACUGUAGAUAAAGAUACAAGUCAGAUGAUAUUGGCUGGGAUGGGGGAGCUGCAUUUAGAGGUUAUAAAACAUAGGCUGGAGAAGGAAUAUGGAGUUGAUGCUUACCUGGGUCCUUUACAGAUUGCUUACAGGGAAAUGAUUGGUACAGCAGUGGAGCAUACAUCAUGUCUGGAAAACACCAUCGGCAAGAAUAGUUACUCUGUUACAAUGACAGUAAAAUUGUUGCCUAACAAAGAAUUCCCAGAAUUUAAACAUGUGAAAUAUGAAGGAGAAGAUAUUCCAGCAUUAAAAUUCAGGAUGCAGAAUGCUAUUGACAAUGGAGUGAAGUCAGCACUUAGUUAUGGACCACUAUAUAACUCUAAAGUGAUGAAUGUGGAAGUUAAAAUAACUGGCCUGAAUAUUGGUGCCAGGACAUCACUUCCAUUCCUUCAGGCAGCUGCUAGUCAGUGUAUCAGUGAGGCAUUGAGGAAGGCAGACGGCUAUCUACUGGAACCCAUUAUGGCACUUAAUGUACACACGGACGAUAACCAUUUACAUGCUGUUCAGUCAGACAUAAUUAAACGUAGAGGAGAAAUUAAACAAUUAUUGUCACAGAAUGAAGAGAGAAUAUUGGUUACACUUACACCUCUUGCUGAAUUGGUGGGUUACUCCACCACUUUACGGACAAUGACGUCGGGGUCGGCCACGUUUAACAUGGAGUUGGAUCAUUACCUUCAGCUGUCUUUAGUCGAACAAAACAAAGUUAUAAAUACUGUGUCCUAUUAAAUACAGAGAUUACAGAUUAGAGAUUACAAAGAUUAGUGUGUGAUUGUAUAAGAAUAGAUGUUUUCUUGUGAUAUAAUUGUAUGAUUCAAAAUUAAUCAUUAUUGUCAUAUCUUAAGAAAAGUACAAAUGUUGAAUACUGUAAAUUCACUUGAUUUCAUUGGUAAGAAAUUCCGUGGUUUUGUCACAAAGAACAUGUUCCUGGAUUCUUAACUUCCUAGACUGUAUAUUUUUCCAAAAGGUUAAAUGUAAAUAAUAUUAUGCAAAAUAUAAUUUUACUGCAGACGAAAUGAAAUUUCAUUGGAUCUUAGAUUCGUAGAUUGACCUAUCGACAAGAAAACCAUGAAAAAAAGUGCUCACUAAAAAUAAUGAUUUUACAUUAUACAUGGAAGGAUGGAAGAUAUGUUAACCCUAUAUCAUGUUGCAGUGCAUUUGUUUUUGCAUAGCAUUUGAGUAAAAAAAAAUAUGCUGUAAAGAUAAUGUUAAUUUUAUAAAUUGUAUAGCCAAAAUAAAACAAAAUAUAGAAUUACAA